CCUGCAUUGAGAAAACUAACAAAAAUCCGGCGCAGAAUCGUUCUGUGAGUGGGAAUUUGCUGGAACAGAUUUAUUCACAAUGGCUCUCAACGAUAAUGUUUUCACCGGCUCAAUUAACAUCCGUUUGACGUGUUUGGCGGUCUUUGUCAUCGCAUUGCUGGUCACCCUUCCGAGCCCGUCGCAGGCCGCAAUCAACGAUAAUGAAGCGCAGCAAAUAGACGGGAAAAUCGUUAACCAAGGAAGUGGAUCCGAACAACCAGCGAAUUCUCCUCGUUCCAGCAUCUUGGACAACAUCUUCAACAUUCCGAUCCAAACCUUGAAGGCAGUGAAUGAUCUGGUGCAAAGUAUCGCCGGCAAUCUUCAAGCGGCCGGUUCUGGCAGUUAUUUCCGAGGCAAUAAGAACGAUCUCACUAGAAACAUCAACGUCAAUAUCGAUGACGACGACAAAGAGAAAAAAGAUAAACAGUGAGUGGGUAGUUGCUGUUAAGUGAGUUAGCUGUAAAUAUGUAAUAAUACACUGAAGACAUCGAACAAACGUUGGUGGAGCAAAUGCUCUUAAGAUUGUGACGAUGAUAAUGCGUUUUUAAAU